GGAAUCUCGAGUGAAUAAGUCCAGCGGCCUUUACAGAUUUGACCUUGCGGCUUUGUUUCUCCCAACCUUAUCAGGCUGUAAAUUGAAUUUUAAGUUUUAUCAUUGUGGUUUGUCGAUUCAUGACUCCGUAUUUAGUUAAGAAAAAAUGUGUGUGUUUGAAUUGGGGAAACUGAUGCUUGACCAGAGGAAAAAAGCUGGUUAGUGGAUUAAAGGUUGUUAGUAAAUUAUUUGAUGUUGUGUUCCACCUCCUAAUUGAUAAGAAAGUUGAUUAAGAUGAAUGGCGACAAUCCUCUAUUGUCACCACUUUGUCUUUUCUAUAGUCAUCCUAAUUCCUACUUUUUCCUUUAUGGAUAAGAAUUUAUUUUGAUAAAUCACGGUGUUGUACAUUAAUAUUAACUGCUUUUUCUCUUGCAAAUGCAUGAAAUACUCUCUUGGCAGUUUUGAAAGAAAACCAGUCAUCUACACGACAUUGAAUGCAAUGUAUUUAGGGAAUAUUUGAUUUUUUAGCUAAGCUGCUAGCUAAUAGAUCGAUUGGAUCCAAUCGAUCCAUUGUGAGGUGUUAAAUCGAUGAACCUUGUGACUCUGUUUAAUGUCACCAUCAUGUAUAUGGUGUAACCAAGCUAGGUUAAAAUGGUUGUUUUUUAUUAAACACAUAUUUUAGAUAACAGAAAAUUAACGUGUUUUGUGUUUUGGUCUAUUGUUAGUCGCCAAAAAAUUACAUUGUUUCAUCUUAGUAUCAUUAGUGUCGAGCUUUAUGAACAUUGUCACAACGAUGAUCGCCUGCAGUCGUAUAUCUAAGUCGAUUAUGAUUCACGUUCAUAAAUUCAGGUUAUCUAACAGUUCAUGGAGUGUAAGAUAUUCUAUUUUUCAUUUGUAGCCUAUAUAUAAUAGUUUGUCUAUAGUAAUUAUUCAUGGCGAAGCAUCAGAGUGUGUGCAGAAGGCGUACUCUGUCAUUGGCUGAUGUUCCAGAUUGAGUGGUGUUUAAUCAUGCAAUAUACAACUUAAUAAUAAAUUGUUUGUUACAGAUGCACCAGUGCUUCCCUUUCCACUCUGCCUGAAAAUCUGUUACAGUGCGUCAAAUUCAACAGAAUUUAAUCACUGACUUAAUUUUGAUGAUUCUGAUUCAGCUGGUGAACAUGGAUCUGUUUACCGCCUACUUAGAUAUUAUUUAUUAUGCAGCUUCGAAAGUUAUAUCCACACCAUACUAUUUGCGGUGAUUUCUGUCGAGGCGUUUGAAAAUGUCUAUAAGAGAAUAUUUAGAUUGUUUCUUUUUGCCAUAAGUUACAUAUUGUCUGAUUGUCUGGCCAACUUAAUGGCUAAACCUUACAUAGUCACCCUCAGCAACCUGCAUUUUAUUUUUCUACCACCGUUUAUUUAUUACUUUUUAUAAAUACUCUUAGGAGCACUAAAGUUGCCACUGCUUGUUCGUUGCAUCUUUCUUGGUAAUAUACAUUCAAGGUUUCUCUAAGGUAAUCACUGUGUAAGCCGCUUUACAAGAUGCUAUCCUGUAUGUUAAUCUCAAUGUUUGUAUAUAUUUAGUGUCGCAAAAGCAAUCGUGUAAAUUCAACGGACAAUCAUGAGAUCGAUUUUUCAAAGACAUUUGCGCGUAAUAUGGUGCGUCGUCCUUCUUUCUCCAUAUCGGAUGAUCAUCAAAGUACCUCUACUGAACUAUCAUACUUUCCACUUCAAAAUGUAUUAGAAGAGACAAAUCUUCAAUUUAAAAAUGCUCGUGAACCUAUUGAGCUACCCAGUCUAUCGAAGUCUGAUUCAAGUCCAUAUGCCACGUCAUUGUUCGAAUCAAAUUCUGCUAAUCCAUUGCUUGAUAUUAUGCAUACAUGUAAAAUGCACAAUACUUCAACAGGCUGUAUAAGUUCACCGUCCUUGAAGAAUGUGGAUUACCUGUCUCCUUCAUCACUAUUGUCCUCAGCUUUAAUCAAGUUAUACUUAUCAAGGGUUACUGUAUAUUCGUCUAACAAUACAUUGAAAAGUCAUCUCAGUUCAGGAAGCGAAGAAGCCAAAUUUCAUUGUACUAAUUGUCAAAAUCUUGUUGGUCUACCUGGCUGUUUACAAAUUGCCUCAAAUCUGUUAGCCUCCAUGGUUAUGCCUGCGAAACAUUUCAUUGGAGUUUAUUCAAACAACAAUAAUAAAAGCAGAAAUAAGUUAAAUUUGGGAAAUGUGUAUUCAUCCAAUGGUAUCUUUAAUGUAUCUUCAUUUGUCUCAUCGUGUCCUAGUGACAAGGAUGUGUAUACAGAUGUCAGUUAUUCAAGCAGUGCUGAAUCUGUAAGUACAUGGGAGGAUGCUUCAAAUGUUUCAAAUGCCGGUUACUACUCAGAUAAUUAUCUUAUUGGAGCUCUCAAUGAGGUGAAAAAAUGUGAUGUUUAUAGACGGUGUUUGGAGAUGAAACUUCGUCAUACCCCAUCUCCUGCCCGAAUUCCUACAUUUACAGAUGGAAAUUUAAGGUCGACUUCUGCGUAUAUCGGUAGUUCUAGUCAUCGUCAACAACACCCUCAUAAUCAUCAUCACCAUCGUCACCACUACCAUCAUCAUCAUCAUGGGUCGCAUCAUCGUAAACUUGCAUUGACAGAUAUUUAUGCAGGUCUUAAGUUGUCGUCGUCGCCGUUGUCUGGUAAAGAUGGAAAAUCUUCAAUGAAUUCUCCAUCAUCAUCAUCUACAUCUCAUGACACUAGUCGCAAUAAUAAUAAUAAUAACAAUGUCGACGUGAAGUCCAAUUCUACAAACAGUGAUACUAUUACCAGCCAAUCAAGUAUACUGUCUGCAUAUGAAUAUUCUCUCAGUUCUACUGCAUUAGAACGUUUAUGCAGUUUAUGGAUAAAUUUAAAGCCAGAUAUUAUAGAAGAGGAGAAAUUCUAUUAUAUGGAUGAAAAAUCUUUAGAACGACGUGUAAAUGCACAAGCAUCGAAUAUAAUUUCACCUGUAUCCUUCUAAAAAUUCUCUUUCUUUUUUUUUUCAUACAGUGCUACUGUAUUACAUUUUUGUGUAUUUGAGUUGGGUGUUUUCAAAAACGAAUCUAUUGGUUUUUCAAUAUGCAUUGUGUAAUUGUAAACAUGUGCAAUCUUUUAAGAAUGUGAUAACAAACAGAAAUGGAAUAAACAGUCUAGGUCAGUUUGUGAUCUUAUUGUACAACACAUCAAACUUAAUUUGCUUGAAUUCCGUAGACCAAUAUGGAGUAGAAGAGAACCAAAGGAAAAGAAAUCGAUGUUCAGUAGCAUGCAUACACUUAUUCCCAUGAAUUCUAUCCUUCGUGUGUGUGUGUGUGUGUGCGUGUUGUUUUUGGUGGCGGUAGCAAGUGUGCAUUGUCGAAGGACCUUGUUAUUAGUAUUAUAAUUAUAAUUAUUUUAUUCCUUUACGUCCCCAGUGGAACUUAGGGCUUCAAGCUAGAGGCUUGAAGUUUCGGUAUUUAUUUUUACGGGAUGGGCUGGCUAGCUUCAUACCCAACUUUCUCCCCUGACCAGUUUUAUUUACUGGCUUUACGAGGCAAAGGAGUGCGUCCGUGGCCGGGGGAUCAAACGCCGGACCACCUGCAUGGUUGGUUGGCGAGCAAUCUACCGCUAUGCCAUAGACGCACAAGAAGAACCUUGUAUUAGAGACGAAAUACACCUGUCCUCUACUUCUUAUUUACAAUAGUUUUCUUCUAGCUAGUUGAUGACAGUUGUUCAUGUCGAAAAAUCAGAAUUGAAGCAAAUUUUAUUUGUAUGCAAAUCCAAUAACUUUUGUUUGAUUUUUAUGGUGUUUCGUUUUAGUUAAUAUUUUGUUGAUAUUGAACUCUUUUUUUUCGUUCAUUCCCAUCUUUUUCAUUGUCUUUGGUUUAAUGUCACCUUUUUUUGUUAACAAAAAUGAUGUUUGACUCAAAUUUAAUUUCAUUUUACGACGGCAUCUAAAGCCUAAAUUAAUUUUCAUAUUUUACAUUCAUGUGUAUAUUUAGUAUUAGCUAAUAUCUGCCCUUGUGGUAAUUAGAAUGUAUCUUUUCUCUCCCCCUCUCUCUCUCUCCCUGUCGAAUAUUCCCACCCUUUCAUUGUAUACUGUUCAUCUGUGUGUACGUACAUUAAUAUUUCUAUGAAUAAUAUAGUUGUAAAUAUAUAUGCGAUCAAAACACC